GUGGCUUCGGAGGGAGUCGAGGAAGUCUCCUCCCCCAGCCCACACAUCAGGGCUGCAGCUGGGCCUGUGGCCUGGGAGGGAAUCGAGGAGGCCUCCUCCCCCGCCCACACCUCAGGCCUGAAGCCCGGUCAUGCCUCUUCCUGAGUGGGCCAUGGCUAGGACAUGGUUGCUGCUUUUCCUGGCCCUCGGGGGUCAAGCCCUGCCCACAGGCAUCCCCUUUCCUUCUCUGGCCCCACCCAUCACACUGAGGGUGGAUGGAAGGCGGCAGACGUUGGUGGUCUGCCUGGUCCUCAACGCGGCACCCCCUGGCCUCCACAGCCCCAUCUGGUUCUCUGCUGGCAACGGCAGUGCCCUAGACGCCUUCACCUACGGGCCCUCCCCAGCCCCGGAUGGCACCUGGACCAGCCUCGCCCAGCUUUCCUUACCCUCUGAAGAGCUGGAAGCCUGGGAGUCCGUGGUCUGCCACACCAGGCCUGGGGCCGGGGGCCAGAGUCGGAGCACACUCCCCCUCCAGCUGUCAGAGGAAACUUCCACAGCCAGGACCUGCUUUCAGGAGCAUCUCAGGGGGACACUGGGUCAGGUCCUGCGGCUGAGUGCCCUGAGGCUGCUUCUCUUCAAACUGCUGCUGUUGGAUGUACUACUGACCUGCAGCUGCUUCUGUAUACUGGCUGGCCAGCACCUGCUGCCACCGCCCCCACGCAAGCCCCUGCCAUCCACCCGCCGAAUUUGGACAUAGUAGUAACAGACUUCAAGCUUUGAUCUUAUCCAACCCGCUGAGGCUCUUUGCUGAGCCCAAGAUGGCUAUUUCUGCCACCUGGGGCAGGAACACCAAGCCAGGGCUUCGAGGAGGAGGAGGCCGGCUGGGCCCGCAGCUCACGAGCCCUGGUGUUCCUUAUUCACGUUUUGGAACUUUUUCUUUUCCUGUAUGCGGUCUGCCUCUCCCUGUAAAUGUGUCUAUCUGGGACUGGGCUCUGCCUCCCUUGUCAGCCUGAGAUUUUGGGAGGAAAAGGCCUAUCUCUCCUGUCACACUACGGGUAGGAGGAUGGAUGUGCCCCAGUGUGUGUAACCAGGCACAAUACAGAAGACCUUAGAUGACACAAA